CAGCCCGCGCCCUUAAUAUGCAUCCAAAAAACGCGACGCGAGCACAAAAAAGUACUACAAGUAACCCCAUCUUGUGCGCCUCCAUCGAUCGUCCGUUUCUGUGGAGCUUCCUCGCUCAGUACUGUCUCGUGUUUCUUCUGGCCAAAUUGGUUGAUAGCCAAAAUGAAGAUGUUCUCCUGCUUCGGGAUCCGCACCCGUCCCGCUCAACCUGCUCUUGCCAAGGAUCAAUCCGUCGUCGGCAUCAACAACGUGCCCGCGGCCGGCGAUGGAUGCCACCUGCGGUCACCCGUCGGCAAGGAAGCGGAGGGCUCCGGUGCGCUAGUGCGGGCGGCGUGGCGCGGGGCAUACGGUGCGGCGGGGAAGUCGCGGGAGCACGGGGUGGCCAUGCAGGACACCGUGUCGAUGCGGCCGUCCUUCUGCACCUGGGUUGACGGCUCGCGCAUGCACUUCUUCGCCGUCUUCGACGGCCACGGCGGCCCCGUGGUGUCGGCGCUGUUGAGGGACCACAUGCACGCGAUCCUGGCGGAAGAGCUGACCGGCGCGGCCGCAGCCCACCGAAAGAAGCAGCAUCAAGACGAAGGGGCGGAAGUGUGCGCGUGGAAGGGCGCGCUGAGGCAGAGCUUCGCGCGGGCGGACGAGCUGGCGGCGUCGGCGGUGCCAAGGGGCACCAUCAUGGGGUCGACGGCCGUGGUGGCGCUGGUGGUCGGCGGCCGCAUCCUCGUCGCCAACUGCGGCGACUCCCGCGCCGUGCUCUGCCGCGCUGGCCGCGCCGUGCCGCUCUCCCAGGACCACAAGCAGCCGGCACGGCCGGACGAGAUGGCGGCCGGCGGCGUGAUGCACCACAACGACGGGCCGACGGGGUCGCGAGCUUUAGGGCACACAUUCCUCAAUCCUGAAAUAACAUGUGAGCCAGAUAUUACCAUAACCGCAAGGUCGGACGACGAUGAUUGCCUGAUCCUCGCGAGCAACGGGCUGUGGGGUGUGAUCUCAAACCAGAAGGCAUGCUACGUCGCUAGGAAAUGCCUGGAAGACAAGAGCAAGAAUGUGAACGCGCCGGCAGGAAAGGAGGAAGAGGUUCGAUGUGUGUGUGCCGCUAUCCGCCUAACAAAUCUUGCCAUCAACGAGCAUAGCCAUGAUGACAUUAGUGUUGUAGUGCUUGAUCUGAAGGUAAGGUGUUAGCUUGGCAGAUAGGAUUAAAUCCGGUUGUUGUUGAGGGCUCCAACUCUAAGGACCCAUGUAGAUGAUGGUCUUUAAUGAUCAGGUACAUGGAUGCAAAAAUUGGAAACUACUCCCUCUGUACCAUAAUAAUUAUAGCUGGGAAGAAAGUAAAACUACUUCUCCUCAACUUCAAUUAUUAUGGUAUAGAGGGAGUAGAAUUUGGGUCAAUGCAAGUGAUGAGGAGCUGUGGCAGGGGAGGGCGGAGCAGCGGAGAAGGAGGGUUUGACUAACCUCUUUUAAAAAAAAGAAUGACACGUUUGACUAGACACAAU